AUGGCACACAAUCAAGUAACCAGAAAGGCAGAUGUUGACUGGGCUGCAAUGGUCGAUGUCGUCGAGGAGCAACUCACCAACUUCCCAGUAGGGUUCCAGCCUCAAAAAUACACUUCUCAGAUCCAAUAUCUGGUUGAUGAGGUCUACGGUGAUAUUAUAUCACCCCUGAACGCCAUCCACGCGCACAAUUGCCAGAAACCCUUCAAAAGCCAACCACCAGAGCAGGAUGCAUGGUGGGAUUCUCUUUACGACAGGCUCAUCGCCAUCUUGCCCAUAUUUGAUAAGCACCUCAGAGACCUGGCUACCGAGAAUGAGUCGACAGUGGCUGAGUGGAUACCGGUAUUGUCCAAACGCUACGACAACCUAGCCCCAAUGCCCUAUAGCGACGAAGUGAAUCAACACGCGCGGGACAUGCGAUUUUUCCUGUAUGACAACAAGAUUCCUCCAUCGGCGGUAUGGCAAAGCGGCCAACUCGUGGCCAAUAAUGAUUUCAAGGAGACGUUCGAGAAAUUUUUGGAACUUGGGCACGAGAAUCCGCCUGCCCAAGACGCCGCAGUCAAGUCAUUGGUGAGAAGAUCGCAGUCAUUACUUCGUGAUGCCCUACAGACCGUACGGCUUCAUCAUGAGCUUGCAGCACCGCCACCUGCGCUUUUCGACAAGCACAAGAGCCCUACGUAUGUUGACCAUUCGUGUACCGAUCCUGCCUUCUUUUACGGGCUUGAGCAGCGGGCAGGAGCUCUAAACUUGAAGCGUCGCCUCGGGGGCGAGGUCAGUGCGGAAGACUCGGCUAAGGAGAAGCAAGCUCGUGCAGUCAAGACAAAGGGGAAAGAAAAGGCAAAGGCGGGACAGAAACGGUCUGCCUCGAGUCGGUCUGGACGGUCGGCAACCAAGAGAAAAAGGAUAGCUGUAAGCCAAUCAGAACCCACGGAAGAAGAAUGCACCCUGGAGGACGUCGAUGCUCUGAUCCAGACCCUCCGAUAUCAAGCCGGCCUCAACAAAGUCAAACCGUCGGCAGGAAAUUCCCCUAUCAUGGAGACGGUUGGGCUUCGGCCGGACACUCUCAAAUGCUACAAACGAGCUCUCAGGGAUAUCAUUGAUAAGUGCGCGUCAUUCUAUGCCGAGAUGGAGGAUGGCUCCAAAGAUACUGACUGGCUGCUCGACCGCCUUGAAAAGGAGAUAACCGAGACAAGGGACAUCAUAGAAGAGUAUCUAGAGUUCCCAGACGACCAGUAUUCCAACAAGCAGUCUCGAAUAUCUGCUUUUCAUGUCAAGUAUCUGCGGUCUAUGCAUCUUAGGGUAGCUAUCGCCUCCUCGAGCCAGCGCCAGCACGAAUCGUGGGUGAGCAUGAUAGAAGAUUGGGUCCUGUACGAGAGGGCCUGGAACGGGGCCGACGUGCUGGCCCUCAGGCGUAACACCAGAGGCACCCUCAAGAACCGUCAGGCUUACCUGGACCGCAUUGCUGACCGGAAUACGCACAUCGAAGAAUGGACUGAGCGUCUUGAGGCGUUGUGCGAGACAGAGACGGAAUCGACAUCAUCAUCAGAUGACGAUAACGAGACCAAACAUGAUGAUAACCGUCUUAUUACAACGAAGUACGGCACCUUGGACCCCUACACGCUAUAUUUACCCAACAUAUUUUGCCAAUGGGGCGGGAUACGUCAACGCGAAGCGUACCUUUAUGAUUACGACCCUGUUACCAACGAAAGGAUAGGGUACGACCCGGAGAAAUCAGGGCUGACACCCGGUCUUGAUGAAGCGUUUGCUGCCGGCGGUCCUCCCGAAUAUCAGAAGCUGCCAAAGGAGACGGUAUAUGAAAAGCUACAGUACAUGUUCGUCAUCACUCACUGGCGCUGUCUCCAAGUCUUGCCUUUGCUGUUGGAAUGGUCAAAUAGGUUGAGUUGGAGGAACAAGAAGUCCGAUUAGUCGCGUAUUUUCGUCCUAUUAUUGAGCAUUCAUCAACCUAAUGCAGCUUUAUGGACUCACACAAUAAGAUACAAUAGAGAGCAAGCCUCAAUGACUUACCUCGCAGACAUUGUUCGUUGACAAUCAUGCAGUCCACCUGAUUUUGUGCCCGGUAUUGCAUGUUAAACCAUUCGGAAGUUUGCCAUGUAGUCUACCAUAUUGUUCUGGAGCUGCUGCAAGCGAUGAGUUGCAAUUAGCAUAAUGAGCACUUCAUACGCCUCAAGUUCGAAUGAUUCUAAGAGCUCGGCCUCGUGCCUGCUCAUGC